AUGCGUGGAGAGAGCAAAGAGGAAGAUCACACAAUGGGAUCUCCACCACCUGCUCCAAGAACACUCAAGGAACUCACAUCUCCAAAUCUUGAUCAGCAUCCUCUAUGUAUUCAGCUGGAUGGAAGCAUUGAGUUAAAGCCGCAAUUGAUUCAUUUGUUGUCCAAAUUCAAUGGGUUAGAGGGAGAAUAUCCUAAUCUUCACUUGAAACAAUUUCAUCAUGUUGUGACUAGUUUGAAGCAAGUAACUGCAGAUGACUCUGCAGGAGAUUGGUUGUAUUAUUUACCCCCUGGAAGCAUAACCACAUGGAAUGGGAUGAAGAAGUUAUUCCUUGAGAAGUAUUUUCCAGCAUCAAAAGCAGUAGUGAUUCGCAAAGAAAUUUGUGGUAUUGUGCAAAUAUCGGGAGAUACUCUCUAUGAGUAUUGGGAGCGCUACAAGAAGCUUUUAGCUAGAUGUCCUCAUCACCAAAUCACCAAUAAAUUGGUCAUUCAAUACUUUUAUGAGGUUUUGCUUACUAAUGAGAGACAGUUGAUCGAUGCCGCAAGUGGUGGUGCACUCACCAACAAGACCAUUGCUGAAGCUACAAGCUUGCUAGAGAACGCUGCAAACACGCAACAAUUCUACACUAGAAGCGAACCAAUUGUAAGGAAGGUGAAUGAAGUUGGUGAUUCUUCAUACAUGGAAUAUAUAAUGGGGAACAUGGUAAGAAUGAUGCAGCAAAUAGCAGCGACUGUCAUUCCAUCAUAUAUCGAAGAAGUUGAGCAAUCUAAUGUGGUGUUUCCCAAUCAAGGGCAGAAAUAUGACCCUUAUUCCAGCACAUAUAAUUCGGGUUGGCGAGAUCAUCCUAAUUUCAGUUACUCCAACAAGCAAGCUUCAGUUUCCAAUCCGCCUUUCAAUCAACAAGGUGGGUACCAAUUCUUGCAGAGGCCAUAA